AUGAAAACCAUCACCACUGUUACAUCUAUCUCUCCCACUGCUACCGUUACCACCGCCACCGAUGCUAAGGUUCAACGAGUGACUAAGAAAUCUUCCGAUGAACUGCUAAGAAAAUUUGCUGAAGUGGGCACCAACCAGAAGAAAGAGCUGCGUAUUAUCAAACGCAGGAAGAAGAUGAAGGAGAAUCAAUGCGAGAACCAGAGUCCUUCGAAAACCGGCACCGCUGUUGUCGAAAGGAGGUCGCUGUUGCCGCCAACAGUGAGCCGGAGGUCGGUGUUGCUCCGGCAGCUUAGGGUUAGAGAUAACAGAAACAAGUCAUCUAUCUUGGGAACCAUUCAAAAAACAUGGCGUAGAACUGUUGAAGGUGCUUCUAGAGUUUUCAUGGAAAAGCAUUAUCAUCGUCAUAAGCGUCUGAUCAAUGAUAUUGUUUGA